UCCGCGCUGAGCGCCGGCCCUGCUCGCUUGCACCUUCUCCUCCCCCGGCGGACGGCUCCGGGUGAUGGCCGCUGUCGUGGCGGCGCUGGCGCUGCCCCUUCGCCUCCGCCCCGCCCGCCUGGGGCCGCUCCUUGGACCGCUCCUGAAGGAGGCGGAGCGGGGCUGGAGGGGGCUCGGUUGGAGCCAGGUGCUUAGGAAAAGCCUUAGGAGGGGUGUUGCUCUCUCCACGGGGUCCUUCGUGGUCUAUGAGGCUUUCAGGCUGGUCUCUGGACAUGCUGUGGUUCAUGCCAGCUCCAAAGUGGCAGAAGUUAUAGAGCAAGCAGACUACCUGUAUGGGAGUGGAGAAACUGAAAAGCUCUAUCGGUUGCUGGUUCAGCAUAAAAAUAGUGAGGAUGCAGAGUUGUUAUGGCGGCUGGCACGGGCGUCACGAGAUUUAGCUCAGCUCAGCACUACUUCUGCUGAAGAGAAAAAACAACUGGCAUACGAUUCCCUUGAGUAUGCAAAAAGGGCACUAGAAAAGAAUGAAGCAAAUUCUGCAGCACACAAGUGGUAUGCGAUCUGUCUCAGUGAUGUUGGAGAUUAUGAAGGAAUCAAGGUUAAAAUUGGAAAUGCUUUUAUUAUCAAAGAGCACUUUGAGAGAGCCAUUGAACUGAACCCAAAAGAUGCAACAUCAGUUCAUCUAAUAGGCGUUUGGUGUUACUCCUUUGCUGAACUGCCGUGGUACCAACGAAAGAUAGCUGCAAUGCUAUUUGCAACACCUCCGACUUCCACGUAUGAAGAGGCUCUUCGUUACUUCCACAUGGCAGAGGAAGCUGACCCAAAUUUCUACAGCAAAAAUUUGCUCUUUCUGGGGAAGACAUACCUGAAGUUAAACAACAAAAAGAUGGCUCUUCUGUGGUUAAGCAAAGCGAAGGAUUAUCCUGCACAUACAGAAGAGGACAAGCAGGUGCAGAAAGAAGCUUUGGAGUUGCUUAAUUCUAUAUAAGAAGAAACAAGAUACUGGGAAUUCAGUAUCUCAGAUGUAAGCAGCAUAGGAAAAGGAACCUAAAUACUACUUCUUUUCUCUUUAAGCUGGUAAUAAAAUUAUAGCCUAAACUUGC